UUGUGUUUGGACUGGAUAGGAGAGAGGAGCGAAGAGAAGACAUGGCUUUCCACCGAGGAGCGUUUCUGCUGUUUCUUCAUAUCUUCCUGCUGAACCGGAGCGUGUGGGGCAAAGUGGAACUGACUAUGAAUGAUAACCUGGAGGCGUACCUCGGUGACCCGGCUGAGAUCCCCUGCCAUUACAGCUUCACUGGUGUGAACGAAGAGCCCAGCUUUGUCAUAAUCCAGUGGUUUGUGAGAUCUGCAGGAAACGGCUCACGGAUGCGGAUCUUCUACAGUGACGUCAACCAGCAGAUAGUUGACAACAACACAGACUACACCGGCCGCAUCGAGGUGACCUCAGACCAGAGAGGAAACACACUCCUGAUCCAAAACGUGCAGCUCUCUGACGAGAAGGAGUUCUUCUGCCAGGUCAACGGGCAGGAGGCUGGCAAUGCCGAACGCAAGACUCACCUCAGGGUUUUUGCUCCUCCAGAGGCUCCAGAAAUUGAAGGCGUCACUAAUGGGAUUUCUGUGAGCAACACGAUGCCAUCUAAGGUGGCAUCAUGUGAGGUUCGAAAUGGAUUUCCUAAACCCAACAUCACCUGGUACAAGGAUAGCGAGCCACUGGUACCUAAAGUAGGACAGGUGAACGUGAUCAUCCUGGUGACCCGGGAGUUCAGAGGCUUCUACUCUGUGCAGAGCACCCUGGAAUACAGGAUACUGAAGGAGGACAAGAACUCCCGUUUCUCCUGUGAGGUCAGCUUCUCUGUCCCGGGGGCCAUCAGGACGAGGAUGUCCCAAAGCAUCAACGUCACCGUUCACUACCCCACCACCAUGAUGGAGCUGUGGAAGGAUUCGCCGCAGGGCUUGGUCAAAGAGGGGGAUACCGUAGAGCUGCGUUGCCAGGGUGACGGCAACCCCCCGCCGAUCUUCAUUUUCAGCAAGGAACAAGAGCCGGAUGUGCCGUUGGAGAGCAGAGAUGAUGUCCUGAUUCUGCCGUCGGUGUCCCGGAAAGACAGCGGCAUCUACCAAUGCCGGGUGCUGGACUCUGCUGGACAAGCAGAGGUCAAAGAAGAGAUCACGCUCACGGUGCAUUAUUUGGACCCUGCUGUUGUGGUUCCAAAAGAUUUGGAGUAUAUGAACCAAGGUGAAAACCUGGUGGCAUCGUGCAACGCCCUGUCCUCUCUGAAAACUGUAACCAUCUGGUACAAGGAAGGGAAGCAGGUGGGUCAUGGCAACACGCUGCACCUGAAUGAUGCCACCUACGAGACGAGUGGACAGUACGUUUGCGAGGUGACCGUUCCCUCCCUGCCCUCCCUGCACACCAACGGCUCGGUUCACAUCAUCGUCCAAGGAGGGCCUCAGCUGGCCGGCGUAGAGGACGAGAUCCAGCUGGAGGAAGUGGCCGGCCGCAUGCUGAACCUGAGCUGUGAGGCCCGCGGGCAUCCACUGCCCAGCAUCACCUGGAGCAUCACAGGCAGCCAGAACUGGCAAGAAGUGAUGAGCAAAGCUAACGACCACAUGACUCACAGCAUGGUGUCGAUCAAGAUCAACUCGGACGUUAGCGCCGUUUGUAACGCGUCCAACAACCAGGGCACUGAGGUCAAGGUCUUCAGCAUCAAAGCCAUUCCCAGGGUCACCCGCACCGCCCCCUUCUCUCCCGUUGAAGGCAGCGGGGUGAUCAUAGUGGUGAUCAUCCUGUGUUUGCUGCUUCUCGCCUUCCUGGGAAGCGUCGUCUACUUCCUGCAUAAGAAGGGAAAGAUCCCCUGUGGACGUUCAGGAAAGCAGGAGAUCACCAGCUCAACAUGUCUGCGUUCAUCCGGGCAGCACCAAAGAGAAGCCCACCAAAGACGACAUCGUCGUGGAGAUGAAGAACAACCCAAAGAACGAGGACGCUGUGCUGCUAAAAGCCGUGAACGGAGAGAAGAAAGCUCCCAAUGACCAGGCAACUGUUGUGUAAAAUGCUGAAGGUCGCGCGGAGCCGCAGCGGGUCGCAGUAUCCGGACGGAGGCUUUGGAGCGGAGGAGAACACUGAGCUCCUCUCUGUCUGGACGCUCUCUCCCUCUUCCUCCCUUCAUUUUUUGUUCUCAGCAGUAUUCAGCAGGUUUUCCCAGGAACACACACACACACACACACACACACACACACACACACACACACACACACACACACACACACACACACACAC